CAGAGAGAUCUUCCAAAUCGAAAACGGAAUGUAAAUCAAAGCAAGAAAAACCCAAAACACAAGUCAACAGAAACGCUCGUAACGCUCUUCUCUUUUCUGCUCUUCCUCUCUCUCUCUCUUCUUCUUCUUCUUUCUUCUUCAAGCGCUUGUGAAAUGACGAAUAUGCCCCCCACUCGCACCACUUGCGCCUCUCUUCUUCACGAAUUGCAGAUUAUAUGGGAUGAAAUUGGUGAGAGUGACAGCGAGAGGGAUCGGAUGCUUCUACAACUUGAGCAAGAGUGCCUUGAUUUUUACCGAAAGAAGGUUGAGAAAACAAGAAAGUACAAGGCUGAAUUGCAUCAGUCAUUGGCCGAGGCUGAGGCCGAAAUUGCCAAUGUCAACUCUGCUCUUGGGGAGCAUACCUCCUUUUCACGGGGAAGGGGCACUCUUAAGGAGCAAAUAUCUGCCAUAAAACCUAUUUUGGAGGAGUUGAGGUCAAAGAAGCAAGAAAGAAUUAAGCAAUUUUCAGAAAUACAGUCACAGGUUGUUCGGAUAUGUGCAGAAAUUGCAGGCAAUGGCCAAUCUAACAGUUCUGAUCCACAAGUUAAUGAAUGUGAUCUGACAGUGAGAAAGUUGGGGGAGCUUAAGUCACACCUUCAGGAACUUCAGACUGAAAAGAUUUUUCGAUUACAAAAGGUCAAUAGCCAUAUUAAUACUGUCCAUGAGCUGUCAGCUGUGAUGUCGAUUGAUUUUUCUAAGACACUAAAUGACGUGCAUCCAAGCUUAAGUGAUCCCUCGGGUAGUCAAUUAAAGAGCAUCAGUAAUGACACUCUUGCUAGAUUAACGGGUGUGGUCCACUCACUAAAGCAAGAGAAACAACAAAGGCUACAGAAGCUGCAAGGUCUUGGGAGGACACUAAUAGAGCUAUGGAAUCUCAUGGACACACCAGUUGAUGAGCAAAAGGGAUUUGAACAUGUAACUAGCUUAAUUUCUUCCUCGCUUAAUGAGGUGUCAAGUCAAGGAUGCCUUGCUUUAGAUGUCAUUGAACAGACUGAGGUUGAAGUUGAGCGAUUGAAUGCUCUGAAAGCUAGCAAAAUGAAGGAGUUGGUGUUUAAGAGGCAAAAUGAACUAGAAGAAAUCUACCGAGGGGUUCAUAUGGAUGUAGAUAGUGAUGUAGCGCGAGAGAUUCUCGGGAGCCUCGUAGAUUCUGGUAAUGUGGAUCUGUCUGAUCUUCUUUCAAGCAUGGAUGAUCAGAUUGCAAAAGCCAAAGAGCAAGCUCUAAGCAGGAAGGAUAUCUUGGACAAGGUGGAGAAAUGGAGAUAUGCAAUUGAGGAGGAGAAGUGGCUUGAAGAAUAUGAAAGGGAUGAAAAUCGCUAUAGUGCUGGAAGAGGAGCACACAAAAAUCUGAAACGUGCUGAAAAAGCACGGAACCUGGUCAGCAAAAUAUCAUGAAAAGCGAAAAUUUCGGGAGCAGAAACGGCUGCAAGAACAAUUUGCUGCAGAACAAGAAGCCCGCUUUGGUUCAAAGCCAACACCAAGGAAGCCGCUGGGUCAAAGCAUUAGUGCUAACACCAUGGUUGGAACACCCACCGGUCGUCGUGUGACGACUCCUUCAGGCCGUCAUGGAAUAUCAGCCGCGAAGGAGCGUAGAGAGAGUGGCAGGGCCACUAACAUGAUUCCUGUAAACUACGUUGCUCUUCCAAAGGAUGAUGCAAUCUCUCGGGACAGUUAAGCUGCUCUCUCACCCCUUUGACCUGAUUGUAAAUGUCUCUUCUUUUAGUGCAUAUCCUCAUUUUUAUUUCAUCCCAUUUCUCUCGUUGUAUGAAGACCAGUAUAUUUUCCUUAACAUGUGAUAGAGAAGUAAAAAUUUGGAUCAGCCUGAAUAAGAACAUGUU